GCUGUGGGAAUGGAUGAGGAGGGAAAGAAGAAUCAUUUGCUUAUUUAGUUUGACGGUGAGCGCCACAGAGACCCGGAGCGCCAACUGACCUGGACUGAAAUCAUUCGACGUAAUCUACGCAGCAGACGCAAGGACCGCCGCAGGCCUCCAAAAGGACUGACAAAGGAGACCUGAAAAGAAGACCAGACCAAACCACCCAGAUCACACUUUGAUUCUCAUCCUAUGCAUACAACACUGAAAAUAUAAAACUUCAUUGUGCAUACCGACAAGCUAAUACAGCUUUGGAUCCAUAUUCUUCUCCCCCCUUGUAAUUAGCAGCCUCUCCCUGAUGAUCACAUGGCAACAUGCCACUGUAUUUCUGGUAUGCUGCAGUUUCCUGUUGGACUACAGUUCCCCCAAUCCCCGAUGUCCUCAGCUCCAGGUUGGGGAAAAAGGCGGGGUGAAGCCUGCCAUGCCAUUCUUAGAGGGCAGGCCGAAGGCAAGGCCUAAACAUGGAAGGUCACGGGUGCAGCGUAUUAAAAGAGGUUGGGUAUGGAACCAGUUCUUUGUUCUGGAAGAAUACAUGGGCUCUGCACCACAGUACGUUGCUAAGAUCCACACAGACACGGACCAAGGUGACAAUGCAGUGAAGUACACUCUUUCAGGAGAAGGAGCUGCGUCUAUGUUCACCAUCGAUCAAAUUACAGGAGAUAUACAUGUCCUGAUGAAGCUCGACAGAGAAGAAAAGUCCUACUAUAUACUCAAAGCCCAAGCCACAGAUGUAAGAACAGGCCUUCCUCUCGAACCCGAGACAGAAUUCAUUAUCAAGGUUCUGGACAUCAAUGACAAUGAACCUCGAUUUCCAGAUGGACCCUAUAUUGCCAUUGUCCCUGAGAUGUCCCCAACAGGAGUGAUCAGGACAGCUUUUGCCAACAUGGACCGUGAAGUGAAGGACGUGUAUCAGGUUAUAAUCCAAGCCCAGGAUAUGGGCGGCCAACUGGGGGGACUUGCCUCUACUACUACAAUCAAUAUCACGCUCGGAGACGUCAAUGACAACCCACCACGUUUUGCCAGGAGUAUUUUUCAUCUUCGGGUCGCUGAAACAGCAUUACUGGGUUCAGUUGUGGGCCGGAUUCUGGCCACUGAUCUUGACACUGACAUAAAUGCAAAGGUGGAUUAUUCUAUUGUACCAGGUGUUGAAGGCAUCAUGUUUGACAUAAUCUCUGUAGGCCAAAGUCAAGAGGGAGUACUUGUCUUAAAAAAGGCUCUGGACUAUGAAACAAAGAAGUCCUACAUUUUCAACGUUGAAGCAUCUAAUGUGCUGUUGGAUCCCCGUUUCUUGCAUUUGGGGCCCUUUCGUGAUUCAGCUACUGUCAAGGUGAAUGUCUUGGACAUGGACGAGCCUCCUGUCUUUACCAAACCAUACUACUCCAUGGACACAUAUGAGGACACUCCACCAGGAGCCAUCAUUGGCUCUGUUACAGCCCAUGACUUGGAUGCCAGCAGCAGUGCAGUCAGAUAUUCACUUGAGUGGCAAAAAGAGUAUGACAGCUAUUUUGAUAUUCACACAAUUGAUGGUACUGUUACCAUGAAUGAAAACCUGGACAGAGAGGAAACAUUUCAGCACAACAUCACUGUGGUUGCAACCAAAGUCCUAAAUCCUUUGCUGUCCACCAAAGUGUUCGUGAUCGUCAACGUCCUGGAUGUGAAUGAGUUCCCUCCUGAACUGAUAUUUCCACCAUCUACAUUUGUCUGUGAAACUUCCAAAGCUGGACAGGUAAUUCAAACGGUCAGUGCUGUGGACUUCGACCUUCCGACUAUCAGUCAAAGGUUUUUCUUCAACACCCCUAAGGAUCUUCACAACAGAAGGUUCACUGUUCGAGAUUAUGGAAACAACACAGCUGGCAUAGUGACGCUACGCUCUGGAAUCCAGCGUGGGUUACAAGACAUAUAUGUUCUUCCUGUUGUGGUUGAAGAUAGUGGUUAUCCUGUUCGGAGCAGCACAUCGACCCUCACGAUCCAAGUGUGCUUGUGUGGGAGAAAAGGCUUGCCGCUAACUUGUUCUGCUGAAUCAAUCUUCCUGCCCAUCAGUCUCAGCACUGGAACUGCAAUGGCUAUUGUGCUGUGUGUAGUACUGUUAACUGUUAUUUCUGCACUCUUUAUCAGUCGAAGACGCCAUAAAGACAACGAGGCUGUCAUGACAUCAAAAGAAGAUAUCUGUGAUAAUGUAAUUCAUUAUGAUGAUGAGGGUGGUGGUGAGGAAGAUACUCAUGCCUUCGACAUUGAAACCCUGUGUAACACACACUCAGAGCAUGUAUUCACUAACAGUAUAUACUCCAAGAAGGACAGAAACCACUAUGGUCAUGGGGUUCUGUUGCAUCUCAGGACUCACAAUGAUGAAAUCAAGUCACCAGACAUCCAUCAGCAAACCGCCAGCAUUAUCUCCCUUGUUAACACCCAGUUGCUUGUUCCCUGUUGCAGAGUUACUCAAGGUAAAGCAGAAAUAAUAGAGUUCAAUGAUGAGCAGGUGGGGGAGACUCAGAAGAGUUAUGUGGUAUCUGCCUAUGACUCGCUCGCCUCUGAAGAUCAUUGCUCUGUGACUGCCUCCCAUAGUUCUAUAGCAGACUCAUGGCUAAUUGAUGAUUUAGGAGACUUUAGUUCCCUUGGGGAUUGGGGACAGUCAUUCAAAUCAUUAGCUGGUAUCUUUGGGAGACAUGCCCCUACUGUGUCUGAAGAGAGCUAAGUUGGAUAGUAGAGAUAAUUUGGGGUUUUGGUGGGACAUGGGCAAUGGACUUAAAAAACAAUUACAGGCACAGAUUCUAACUAAGGGACACAUCUGCUUGAAGUGAGAUAGUAUUGGGAUCGGUUACCAGGACAAAGGCUAACA